UCGCGAUCACCAAGCAAACAAUCACCGGUUUCAACAUCUCCCACUCUACAUAGUAGCAACAGUAACAGCAACAACAACAACAACAUAGCUAGUAAUGGAGGAGGAGGAAGAUCAUUCAUGAGAGCAAGACAACUGUUCUCAUUCCAUGAGUUGGCUGGCACUGACCUCACAUUGUUGCUGGAGGAAUCGAUAUUGAUUCGUGUAUUCCAGUCACUAGAGUUUCACAACCUGUUUGUGGCCAAGCGUGUAUGCUCACGCUGGAAGCCACUGUGCGAGAACGCACUAUGCUAUCAAGACCUGGACAUGCAGUCAUUCAUACACAACAGUCGCUAUCUGCCGCGAUCAGUCAUCACCAUGUUCAUUCAGGACCUGUCGUUCGAGGGCGAGCAGAUCGACGCGCUGCGAAUGGUGUGUCGCGAGAUACCCCGUCUGGAGCUGCCCUGUUGUGGCGACGGCGACACGACCACCACCACGACCAGCUGUCACAGUCCCACGCACAGCCGCAGUGGCAGUCUCAAUGGCAGCUUCAACAGCAACCAUCAUAAUCAUCACGAUUCACUCAGUGCCAGCAUGAAUAGCAACUGUAGCAUCAGCUACAAUGGUGGGAAGGACGACCUAUCCAGCAGUUCCCUAUCCGCCUCCAACUCUAGCAAUGGUGGAUCACUGGCCUCAUCAUCCGAAUCCCCUCACCUCACAUCAUCAUCAAGUGGACUAACUCCAAAUGCUCUAAGAAGUAGGUGGUGA